AUGUCCUCCAAUCGUCUCCGUCUCACCUGGUCCGAGAAGGUAGCCAUCCUCGAGAAGGCUGCUCGCUCACCUAGUGUGUCGUAUAGUGAGCUAGCUGAGUGGGCGGUUGAAGAGUUUGGGCUUCUAACGGCCCCUGGCAAAACGACAAUAUGCCGCUUACUUAAACCAAGUGCUGUGUUGCGCGGACGGCCGGUGAAGAAGGCUGUACGCAAGAAGGCGCAGAGUAUUGAACGCUACAUCUUAUCGCAAAACAUGAUGUUCGCAUUGGAUCGCCUAGGCGAAGGCCUCGACAACCCGUACAACGUCGACCAGUUAACCGCACUGCUCUGGUGCGAGGCUGCAUGGUCUAAAGUUAGCGCUUCCACGAUUCAGCGCUAUCUGCAGGCGCUCCUUAUUCAGGCAGAUUUCUGCGCUCAUGUGAGCGCGAUUGCUUAA